CUGUGUUAUACUUUAAAAACUGUCGCAAUGGCAACCCUAACGCGUUCAUCCCCAGCGGUACGCACCACAACACAGCUUUCCGCUGUCCCUGUACCGACGCUCCGUUGCCCCCGAGCUUCAGUAACCCGGCAUAAAUAUUAUGAAGCACAACGGCUAAGACAAACUACGCUAUUGCGCGCCAAGCGCGCCACGGAAGAGGAUGAGCGGCUCAUCGAGGAAAUGAAGCGUGCAGCGGAGAAGGGAGACCUAUUGGAAGGUGGCUUUGCAGAGGUACUGGUGAAGAUUCUGGCGGUCGUUGCUAUCCUAGGCCUGUUUGCAUGGCUUGGAUACCUGGCGCAGCCCGUCAUUGAUAACACAGUGGCGUCCUUCCCUUCGGCCGCACCAUAAGCCUGCGACUGGCUUAGUUUUUCGGGAACGUAGUUGGCGUAGUCAAGGCAUGCAUGUGAAGAAGGUAGCCAGGGUUUGGGACCUUGCCGUGGUCUGUAAGGUGCAGGGCCGCUAGGGCCGUCACUAGAAUUAUAAGGUGCCGGUUGUAUGACAGUAU